AGAAACUGCGCCAGGCGUCGCUCUAGCAACCAUUCUCCUUUCUAGUUGUUUUGUUGUAGAACCGGAAGGCGCUGAACGUCACUCAGCACAAGAGGAGGAGGAGGAGCAGCAGCAGAGGAAUCUGGGAGGUGUUUUUUUUGUUUUAAACGUUCUAUAUAACGAAAUUCUUAAAAAUGUAAAACCGAAUAUUGUCAGGAAUUGGAUUUCUAAAACCAACACCGCGACCACAAUAAACGCAACGACCUUGAUUCCGUAUUUUAUAAGGAAGUCCCUGUUCCCUGGAGCGGCAGGUGCCUGGAACUCUCAGCUGGCAAAAUGUCACCCAUCGGCAAUGACUGCCCGCAUUUGGAAUCUGUGGGCGAGAUCACUAAAGAAGAACUGAUCCAGAAAUCACAUGGAAAAUGCCAGGAUUGUAAAGUUGGCGGUCCAAACCUUUGGGCAUGUUUGGAGAACGGCUGUGCCUACGUCGGCUGUGGAGAAUCUCACGCUGAUCACAGCACGGUUCACUCCCAGGACACCCGGCAUAACCUGACUGUGAAUCUCACCACUCUGCGAGUCUGGUGCUACGCCUGUGGAAAAGAGGUGUUUCUGGAGAGAAAGCUUGGACCCCGCUCCCCGGCAUCAUCCACUAAACCACACACACUGAUUCAAAAUCAUGUGCAGGAUACCAAAGUCCCUGGGAGCCCAGCACUGAAGCUCCCUCAGGCAGCUGUCUUUGAUGACCUAGAUACUGAGAUGGAAGAAGAUGAAUUCAGAACAAGAGGUAGUCGCAUAUCAUUUCCACUUGGUCUCACUGGAUUGAAGAACAUUGGGAACACGUGUUAUAUGAACGCAGCUCUCCAGGCACUUUCAAACUGCCCGCCUUUGACCCAGUUUUUUGUGGACUGCGGUGGUUUGGUGCGCACUGACAAGAAGCCAGCUCUGUGUAAGAGCUAUCAGAAGCUGGUUUCAGACAUCUGGCACAAGAACAGACCUGGAUAUGUUGUUCCAACUAACUUGUUCCAAGGAAUAAAGGCAGUUAAUCCAAUGUUUCGUGGAUAUUCACAGCAGGACUCACAGGAAUUUCUGCGCUGUCUGAUGGACCAGCUUCACGAGGAGCUGAAGGAGGGCCAGGGGGAGCUGGACGAGGGACCUCCGGCCAUCAGCAUGGACGAGAACAUGGAGGAGGACAAAAGCCAGUCCGACAACGACUUCCAGUCCUGUGAGUCGUGCGGGAGCAGCGACAAGGCCGAGAGUGAGACCAAUGUCAAGCUGCUCACAGAAGGGGCCGUUGAGGCUGAGAUGCUCAUCUCCGAUGAGGUGAAGAACCACGUGAAUAAUAAAGACUGGCAGAAAGAGAAGAACCUCAUUAACAAGCUGUACCGAGCCAGCUCGUCCGAGGACUUGGAUAAAGACAUUGACACGGCGGCUGAAGCCACCCCCAUCAUCAGCAACCAGGGAACCGUCAAAGUGCAGAUACAGAGCAGGCUGUCAGACUGUUUCCCUGAUGUGCACGUAAACAGUUCCUCAAGGCCCCACAGCCCCUUGCCCAAUGAAGGAAUCCAUUCUAAACUUUCCAGUAGCCCCCCGAAAUCUACUUCUGUCUGGCCAUCUUCACACAAGAAAGGUGCACCAUUUUCCUCUCCGAAGAAGACGACGCAGAAAAAGUACAGGAGUGUAAUUUCUGAUGUGUUUGACGGCACUAUCGUCAGCUCAGUGCAGUGUCUGACCUGCGAUCGGGUAUCUGUCAUAUUAGAAACCUUUCAGGACAUCUCCCUGCCAAUCCCAGGUAAAGAAGACCUGGCCAAGCUCCAUUCCUCCACACAUCAGACUUCACUGGCCAAGGCCGGCUCCUGUGGGGAAGCGUACGCACCUCAGGGCUGGGUAUCGUUUGUGAUGGAAUAUAUAAAAAGGUUUGUUGUCUCCUGCUCUCCUAGCUGGUUUUGGGGUCCUGUGGUAACCCUGCAAGACUGCCUGGCUGCUUUUUUUGCAAGAGACGAGCUCAAGGGGGAUAACAUGUACAGCUGUGAAAAAUGCAAAAAGUUAAGAAACGGAGUUAAAUUCUGCAAAGUACAGAGUCUUCCAGAGAUUUUAUGCAUUCACUUGAAGAGAUUCAGACAUGAGCUCAUGUUCUCAACCAAAAUUGGCACCCAUGUGUCCUUCCCUCUGGAGGGCCUGGACCUGCAGCCGUUUCUCGCCAAGGACUGCGCUGCUCAGACCACCUCCUACGACUUGCUGUCAGUCAUCUGCCACCAUGGGACAGCCAGCAUAGGUGGUCAUUACAUAGCUUACUGCAGAAAUGAUCUGAACAGCCAGUGGUACGAGUUUGAUGAUCAGAGUGUCACCGAGGUGUCAGAAUCCAGUGUCCAGAACGCGGAGGCAUAUGUGCUCUUUUACAAAAAGAGCAAUGAAGAGGCCCAGAAAGAGCGGCGGAAAGUCUCCAGCCUUCUGAACAUGAUGGAGCCAAGUCUGCUGCAGUUCUACAUCUCCCGCCAGUGGCUGAAUAAGUUUAAGACAUUUGCUGAGCCUGGCCCAAUUUCCAACAAUGAUUUCCUCUGUGCUCAUGGAGGUGUACCACCUCAUAAAUCUGCAUAUAUUGAAGAUAUUGUUUUAAUGCUGCCACAGAAUGUAUGGGACCAUCUAUACAGCAGGUAUGGAGGAGGACCAGCUGUUAACCAUCUGUAUGUGUGUCACACUUGCCAGUCUGAGAUUGAGAAACUAGAAAAAAGAAGAAAAAUAGAACUGGAUAUGUUUGUUCGGCUGAACAAAGCAUUCCAGGAAGAGGAAGCCCCUGCAGUCAUUUAUUGCAUCAGCAUGCACUGGUUCAGAGAGUGGGAGGGAUUUGUCAAAGGCAAGGACAAUGAGCCUCCUGGCCCGGUUGAUAAUACAAAGAUUGCUGUGAACAAGAGUGGUCAUAUUGCAUUAAAGCAAGGAGCGGAUUCUGGACAGAUCUCCGAAGAAACCUGGAACUUCCUGCACUCUAUCUACGGCGGGGGUCCAGAGGUUACUUUGCGCCCCAAUAUUGCGCAUCAAGAAUCUGAAACCUCCCAAGCAGAAGAGAAAAUCGAGAUGGAGACCCGUGCCAUGUAGUUUUACACACAACAGGCAAAACAAAUUACACUUUGCACUUAACUUUCCCAGAAAGACUCUUUCUUGUUAUUGUAAAUUAUAGGGGCAUUGUUAUUUUUGACAAUCAGUGGAAGGAAGACAUACCAUAUGUCUGUACUAUGUGUAUAUAUAUAUUAACUUUAUACACCCCCCCCCCCAAUAGAAAGUAGUCUAACAUGCUGUGUUGAAAAAUGCACUGAGCUACUCUGCAGCCAUUCUAGUCGAACAGUGUAAUGGUGUCCCUUAGCAAACCAGAUGGAGUAAAAAUCAGUUAAUUUAAUCCCUCCUAAUAUUUCUGUAAUGUAUAUUGCAUAAAGUUCAAUUAACAAUCUAUAUUUAAGCAACUACUGUCUAAGAGAACAGUAAAAUAAAUAAAAAAACAGUAAAAAAACAAAAUAAUUCAAUUGUGUAGUAUUUGAAACCUAAUGAACAAAAUCAGGUUAUUAAGGGAUACCAAGUACUUUCUCAGUAGUCACAGGAAAGAACUGUCUUGUAUUGCAGAUAAAGAAGCAGCACCUUACACAUCUGAUGCCUGCAAAUAGGUUUGAAUGUACUGGUACUUCCAUUUUCAAAUUGUUUUCCCAGAAGACUCACAUUUCUUAAACCAAUGACAAUAGAAAAGUCUGGCAACUGUUUUUUGACAGCAUGCUUAAAGGAAAAACAAAGUGACUAAACUGUGGCCUACUUCCAAGUCAUUUUUAUGUUGCAUUCAUUUGCAUGUAAAUACAGCUUGCUGACCUAAUGUACACUUGAGCAAAUUGCAACUGCCAAGUCUGUGAAAAGGUAUGUACAGAAUACAUAAUGAUUUAUCCAGUCUGGUAUUUUCAACUGUUGCAUUCUGAAAUGAGGCAUUCUUCUAUGUAUCUGGGCAUGAUGAUUCUUAUAUGUUACAAUUCGAGGUGGGAAAAACUGUUCAAAACAACUCUAGUGUAUGGGGGGGAAAAAACAAAACAUGGAAUGCUUAACAGUAAAAUACAGUAUGUUCUGUCUGUUACUAUUAUAACCUAAUAAUAAUUCAGAAAGUUACGUCAAUAAAAAAGUGACCAAAACA